UCCAGAUGGGAACGACUCUUUCUCUUCAUACCAUCAGCAUCUCAACACACUACUACAUCUACAAUAACACUCCAUCAAGCAUCGACACGAUCAAACCCACUUGCGCCAUCGGCACCAUUGUGACUCAAUCACCGCCAUUACUCAUACCCACCACCAUGACUUCCCACCUUCGAUACCAGUCUUCUUUCGAAGAACCCAUUGUCGCCCAAACCACAUUCCACCACCACACCACCCAACCGCGACCCGCGAAGAAGGCGAGAAUGAGCCUCACCCAGACCUACGCCAUCGCCUCCUCCGCGAGGACCAAGCUCUCGCGUGAGGCCGGCUACGCCGACCACCGUCUGCGAUACCUUGUCGGCCACGCCAACCUCCUCGACCAGCUCAUGGUCGAGCUUGCCGACGCCGAGCGCGAGUCCGAGAACUGGCUCAACCAAUCCAUCCGCGAGGCCGCCAAACCCGCCGAGCCGCGACGAGUGCAAUGGUUGGACAGCAUCGCCGAGGAGUACGACAACGACGACGAGGAGGAGGAGGAUGAGGAGGAAGAAUUCGAGCACACCGACCUCUUCACCGUCACGCCCAAGAUCAAGCAAGCUCCCGUCUUCGUCAGCACUUCCGACGACGAUGCCGUGUUCGACAUCGACUCCGAGGACGAGGACCUAGUCCUCACCCGCAGCCCCGACUCCCAAUACUCCCCGCCCGAGCUCACUCUCGACGACUCGGACAGCGAGUACGAGUCAGAAGACGACGAGGCUCCCGUCUCGCCCAAAGACACCCCGCUCCAGCUCAGCGACAAACAACGACAAGCCAUCACGACAACGGCAUACUUCGACCUCAAGUCGGAGGCACAGCAAUCGCUUGAAGACUACCUCCUCGACUCACCGUCCCAGCAACCGCUCAUCGCGGCCUGCUAGACGCAGGGAAGUUUCUUCAUCGAUUUACUGCCGUUGUCCCAGCGUUGUAGCGAAAUUGCACAGCAGAGCGAGCGUUUUGGAAUCUUUUACGACUGGACGGAACUCAUCUCAAUGACUUGGAAUACAAUCUCCCUCGCGAUUGCGCUUGAGGUGGAGAAGGAUACAAUUGUACUACAUAGCUACAUCAAAUCGAAUGUGUUUGAGAAGCAU